CGCCUAUACAAGGACACGGUUCCGCGCGCGCCUGCUUAGUAGGAGCCGGACCGCGGGGCGGGCAGUCGGUUUUCGCGCUGCGACCGCCGCGGGAGUAAGAUGAACGGGACGCAGAACUGGUGUACCCUGGUGGGCGUGCACCCGGAGGAGCAGGCCGCGGGAAGCGCAGACAUUCUCAGGCUGACUCUGCAGAGUGAACUGACAGGAGACGAACUUGAACACAUAGCCCAGCAGGCGGGUAGGAGGACCUUUGCCAUGGUAUCUGGCCGCUCAACCAGUCAUUCGUUGGCGUCAGAACUGGUGGAGUCCAAUGAUGGACACGAGGAGAUCAUCAAGGUGUACCUGAAGGGGAGGACCGCAGAUAAGAUGAUCCACGAGAAGAGUAUCAACCAGCUGAAGAGCGAGGUGCAGUACAUCCAAGAGGCCCGGAACUGCCUACAGAGGCUGCGGGAAGACAUAAGCAGCCAGCUUGACAGACGUCCAGGGGACCCCAUCCACGGACAGGAGAUACAGGUGGUGCUGGAAAAGCCAAACGGAUUAAAUCCAAGCCCCACGGGCCUGUACAGCAGCCCACCCGAGGUAGACCCCUGUGUGAAUGAAGAUGUUGAGAGCCUGAGGAAGACUGUGCAGGACCUGCUUGUCAAGCUGCAGGAGGCUGAGCGGCGACACCAGUCAGACCGUGUGGCUUUUGAGGUCACACUCAGCCAGUACCAGAGAGAAGCAGAACAGAGCCAAGUGGCCCUUCAGAGAGCGGAGGACAGAGCACAGCAAAAGGAGGCGGAUGUUGGAGAGCUGCAGAAACGCUUGCUCGGAAUGCAGGAGGAGCACCAAGCCUUACUGGUGAAGCUGAGGGAAGGGGAGAUGGCCUUGGAGGAGCUUCAGAUCAAGAGCACUGAUUGCCAAACAGAACGAGAAAAGGCGGCUCACCUGGAGAAGGAGGUGGCUGGGUUGCGGGAGAAGAUCCACCACUUGGACGACAUGCUGAAGAGCCAGCAGCGGAAAGUCCGGCAGAUGAUAGAGCAGCUCCAGAAUUCAAAAGCUGUGGUCCAGUCAAAGGACAACACCAUCCAGGAGCUCAAGGAGAAAAUUGCCUACCUGGAGGCAGAGAAUCUAGAGAUGCAUGACCGGAUGGAGCACCUGAUCGAAAAGCAGGUCAGUCAUGGCAACUUCAGCACCCAGACCUGGGCCAAGACGGAGAGCCCGGGCAGCGUGAGGAUAUCCAAACCCCCCAGCCCCAACAAGCCCAGGCCUCUCAUCCGAGUGGUUGAGACAUGAGUGGAAGGAGCCCGAAGCUGCCGUCGCUGCUGCCUCUCACCUGCGGAGAAGCCCACCUGCCCCGUAGGCCGUCAGCCCCAACCUUGACUUCCUGACUGACCCCUGGCUGCACUCGAGCCUUGGGGCCAGUUGAGGUGUCCCUCCAUUUCUAGACUCUGACCCCUGGACGCUGGGCGGACAGAGGAUGAGCGCCUCUGCGGGACCCUGCAGCCCCUUUGGAGGACGCUCUCCUGCUGGCGAGAGCCAGGGCAGUGUCCUUAUCCCUGUAGUUAGUACGUCUCUGUAGCAGGACCUCCCUACUCUUGUGGACUGGGGGGCAGCUGGCCCCGGAGUCCGGGCCCUUAUUGGCCCAGAGGAGGCGACCAGAGUUGCCUCAGUGCUCGAAGCCGGAGGCCCCGGUGUCCACUGUGCCUGGAGGAUGUCCUGGGGGACUCCGUUCCCUGUGCGAACACGGCUCCGUUCUUAGCCACACACUGGUGGCUCCUCUCCUCAGCCCCUGCUGGCCUGGGCCUCCUACAGACGGACAAAGGCGGCCCAUCAUGGCCGGGGCAGAGCCCGCGAACCUCGUCUUCCCAAGAGAAGGAAAUGUACCUUCCUGGAAUGGCUUUUGGUGGAAAGAUUCUGUAGGGCUGCAGAGAGCUACAAGUGACUUCUGUCCGCGGGGAAGACUCCAGCAGGGCUUAGGGCUUUUGCCGAGGAUGCAGCACAAGGGAGACCUCCGUCUUCUGGACUCAAGAGCCUAAAAACUGUUUUCACUGGGUUAUAGCCAUCUCAGCGAAACUCUCAUUGUAUUUAUUUUGCUAAGUUAUUGGUGUUUUUCCCUCUACAUCUCACAAUUGAUUUAAUACCAGAGGUUUACAGCCUUCUCUUGCGGUGUUCGGAUUUGUUCCACGCUGGGGAAAAUGUGUUCCCCUGACCUUGUUAAUUUCAGAAUGCCAUCUUUUCCUCUUUUUUCUUCUACCAACUUCUUUCCCUCCUUCCUCCAGACGGAUCCAACCUCAGAAAGGCAAGCGUGUUUGCCCUGAGGCGUUGGGGUCUUCAUGUCCUUUGGGAGAAAGGAUGAUCGGAACUCUUGUGGGGAGGGAUUGAACUCUUCCCCUAAACUGUCUGCACCCUCUGCUCCACAAUUGGUCCAUUUGCCUGCCCUGAAAGACCCUAACACUCACCACGUUUUCCUCACGAAGGGGAUAAGCCUCAGGACAUAGUCCCUUAGGGCACAGAAACAUGAAAGGUAACCACAAACCAAGUCUUUAGGUUUGACCCGGCUCCAGCCCAGAAGCCUGACCUCCCGUGUGUUUCUGCGCAUCAGGACCAGGCCGGUGCACCGGCACCAUCCACGGGUUGUUUGCUCACUCUCCUCGGUCAUAAAACCAGGGGGUCAGACCAGAUGGACGUCAUGGGCCCUUCCAGUUCUGACGUUUUCUUCCCAGGCGGCAUAUGGGUUGUGUGGUGGAUUUAAUAAAAUAUGUUCUGUGUCUCUUGGA